CUGCAGAAGCACAGGCCCAGACUUUCCUGUUCUCUGCAGGAUCUAGUCUUGUUGUUCAUGUUUUCUGCUUGAGUUUGUCCCUGGGAUCAUUCAAAACUGUUUCUCCAACGCUUUUACCAAAAACUUAGACUGUUUUCCAAAGCAGAAUUGGCCCAGCCCUCCCAGGCGGAAAUGAUGGGGAGUGUGCGAAGCCACCGCUACAGCAUUGUGUCCUCUGAGGAAGACGGCAUGAAGCUGGCCACUAUUACUGUCCCAAAUGGCUAUGGAAACGGCAGUGUCAACAAGGUGCACUCACAGCACCAACAUCAGAGCCGCUUUGUCAGCAAGGACGGCCACUGCAAUGUGCAGUUUAUCAAUGUGAGAGAGAAGGGCCAGCGGUACCUGGCAGAUAUCUUCACCACCUGUGUGGACAUUCGCUGGCGCUGGAUGCUGCUCAUAUUCUUCCUUUCUUUCCUGCUGUCGUGGUUGUUUUUUGGCUUUGUCUUCUGGGUAGUGGCCCUCUCUUACGGGGACUUAGAGAAUGAGACUCAGGUGUGUGUUUCCAAUGUGGACAGCUUCACUGCUGCUUUCCUGUUCUCAGUGGAGACUCAAACCACCAUCGGCUAUGGUUAUCGCUAUGUGACUGAGGAGUGCCCCAUUGCUGUUUUCAUGGUCGUCUUCCAAAGCAUUGUGGGCUGCAUUAUUGAUGCUUUCAUCAUCGGUGCUGUCAUGGCCAAGAUGGCCAAGCCCAAGAAAGAAAUGAUAGUGUUCAGCCACUAUGCUACAGUGGCCAUGAGGGAUGGGAAACUAUGCCUGAUGUGGCGCGUGGGGAACCUGAGGAAGAGUCACUUGGUGGAGGCCCACGUCAGGGCUCAGCUCCUCAAGUCCCACACCACUGCCGAGGGAGAGUUCAUCCCUCUGGAUCAGAUAGACAUUGACGUAGGCUUUGACAGUGGCAUUGACAGAAUCUUUUUGGUGUCUCCAAUAACUAUUGUGCAUGAGAUUGAUGAGGAGAGUCCUUUCUAUGAUAUGAGCAAAGAAGAGUUGGAGAUGUCAGAGUUUGAAAUUGUAGUCAUUCUGGAGGGCAUGGUCGAGGCUACGGCUAUGACCACUCAGUGUCGGAGCUCCUAUGUGGCCAGCGAGAUCCUCUGGGGCCACCGGUUUGAGCCGGUGCUCUUUGAAGAGAAGAACUACUACAAAGUGGAUUACUCCCGCUUUGACAAUACCUAUGAGGUGCCCAGCACGCCUCAUUGUAGUGCCAGGGAACUAGCUGAGAAGAAAUCUAGAACCUCCAGCUCGAGAAACGCUUUUUGUUACGAGAACGAGGUAGCUCUCGAAAAAGUUGAGCUGGAAGAGGAGUUGGAGAAGAAUGACGGGCAGAUGAAUGCUGCUGAGGUUGGUGCACUUGAGGACACAAGCACAGAUGUGGUGUCAGACUCUGAAUGCAAUCUGGACUCUUUGCCUUUGGAAUCAAGACCUUUGACAGUUGAAUCAGAAAUAUGAAAUAAAAAAAGGGGUUAAACACUACAAUAGGGUAUGUUAAGUUUAGCUUGAACCUUGGUUCUGAUGGCUGUUGUUGAUAAUGCAUGAUAGUUUGUAAAAGAGUAUGAGAUACUUUGUGCAGACACAAAACCAAAGAAGAACUCCAAGGAGAUACAAACAUAUUGUUUAUAGUGAACAUGGAGGUAAAUUAACUGGUUGCACUGAGCUUGAGUGAUAAAACAGUGUUAGAUGUCAUCUCUUAAACACUGUGCAGUCUGUUUAUGUGCACACUGCCCUUAUUAAGUGAAAAUAUAUUAGUAUAACAGCUGACUGGGUUCAGAAAAAUGAUUACUUUAUUCAUGUGCACUCUCAGGUUGCACACUUUGCAUUGAGCAUCCUGAAAAAGGUUUUUAGGUUUUUUAAUGCCAACCUAAAUUUCUGUGUUUUAACCACAUGCAUGAAACAGGUUACUGUUUGUUAAUGAGCUGGUCUCUUAGCAAAGUAUAUUUCUAGUCUUUUUCCGAGUGGUGGUCUUGGUAUGUUCUCGUGGCACAAGGCAGGGAAAAUAUUUUCAGUUUUUGAAUACACUAUGCUCCUCAACCUAUCAUCUCAUCUCAGUAUGGCAUCUUUUGCAGCGCGUGCCUCAGUCCCAGCGGACGUUUUGCUUCGACUGAGCGCACAUUGCAGCAGAUGUCACAGGAAGAAUAAGCAGUCAGAGGUGGUUCACUGUACCGUAUAUUACCACUUCUUACAGCUUCUAUUGUGCAAUAUAGUUGAGUGGUAGUAGGCGACCCUGAGCCAAGAUUAUGAAUGUUGCUGUUAAGUGCUGCUACGUUACAUAUUAAAUGUGUAGAGAGAAAUUGUAUUAUCUGUCUUUUGCAGUAUCCAUUUUGAAGAGUGUGAUUCAAGUUUUUUUUUCAAAAGCCUUAGUGUCCUUUCUUCCUCACC